AUGGUUGAAUUCAUCACAGUAAAUGGAGCCCAGCUCGCUUACGAGCUGAGUGGACCCAAAGAUGCGCCGCUCAUGAUUACUCUUCAUGGCGGAAGAGGAAUGGUAGGUGAUCAUAGGUCCGACUACAAAGUAUACAGCCACCUCAAUGAUAGCAUCCGUGUGCUCUCUUUUGACUUUCGGGGGCACGGUCAAAGCUCCUGCACAAAGCCUUACACGUUUAAACAGAUCGUCGAUGAUAUCGAGGGUGUACGACAACAUUUCUUAGGACCCGAUGACAAGGUUAUCAUUUGCGGUGGAAGUUUUGGAGGCUUUCUCGCGCAGCAAUAUGCCAUCAGUUAUCCAUCAAAAAUUUCGUACUUGAUUCUACGAGGGACUGCAGCGUCACAUCAUCAUGAGGAGGGCGCCAUCAAGACCCUCGAAGCCAGAAUCAGCAAAGUACCUAGCUUCUCGAAGGAGAUGCUGCGAGACAAGGUCUUUGGCGCAUAUGAUGACGACGAAGAUUUCAGACUGGUACAUUUUGCUAUGAUGCCUUUGUAUCGAGAAGAAUACGAUGCAAAUGCCGGCCUCAAGUCUUGCCGGGAUACGGUUUAUGUCGCAGACUCUCACAACGAUCUUUACUCCGAGGAAGAAAAGUACUUUGAUUACGUCGACCAACUGGGUAGUAUUCAGGCGAAGACUUUGGUCAUUGUUGGCGACCAAGACUGGAUUUGUCCGCCAGGCCCAGAUAACUCGAGGUUAAUUGCUGAUCGGAUCAACAAUGCCGAAUUGCUCGUGGUUCCCGGUGCAAACCAUGGCGUGCAUAUUGAGAAAACAGACUUGGUCAUUUCCAAGAUUAGGGAGUUUUUAGAAUUAUAG